AUGCCCAAAAAAUCAAAACCUUUAACCACGCCAAAAAAAUUAAUCGACGUCUUGGGUGAUGGAAAUUGCUGGUAUAGGUGUAUAUCAUUAUGGAUAAAUGGAUCUGAAGAACACCAUGAACUUGUUCGACUAAAACUGUAUCAGUUUUUUAUGACAGAUAAUCGAGUAAGAGCAUAUGUUGGAGAUAUAGAUUCGUAUUUGGACAUAAACCCAUUAAAUGUGAUCGGAACAUGGGCUACCGAUGUAGAAAUUUUUGCAACGGCAUUAAUGUUGAAUACUAAUAUAUAUAUUUAUUCUGAUUACCAUAAAUCUUGGCAAUUAUUUGGUAAAAAUGGUAACUACAAAGAUGGAGUUAGGGUAAAUGAGAAUUGUUUAUACAUGUGCCAUAUAAACAGAAACCACUACUCAGUUGUAGCAGAUGUUAAUGAUAAAUAA